AUGACGAGACCACAGAUCAUCCGAGCCGAUUCCAUUGACCUUCAGGAUCACGACGCGCCUUCUGCCAAAGAACAUAAACAUCCCUCUUCGAAGUUGUCGCCCAACCCGAACGGUUCCCUUGCGCCACACCAGGCCGAGACCAUACGCGAAGUCGAAGAAGAAAGGGCAGAGGAAGAGGGGCGCAGUCCGAGAGUCUCGUGGGCCAAUGGUGACAACGACGGUGACCUGCAACAGUACGCCGAAGAUCUCGCGAGUGGUGUCGCCAAUUCCAUGGAUGGCAGCAGCAUGCAACAGCAAGAUGCGCUCGCUGUUGCGCAGAACGGGGGCGCCACGGGCACUGCUGACGAGGAUGGCGACAUGGAUGGAGAUGCCGACGACGGCUUGGAUGAUGACAUGAUGGACAAAAUCUCGAGUUCACCUUCGAUUGAAGAUGGUGGGUACAUCCUUAUUGCCGUCCCCCCUGAUUUUCCAGAGAGGUAUAGCUCCCUCGAAAACGAGGUCGGGCUGUUGCUCGAUAGACUGGAGCGCCAGCAGUCAAGCAAGGCUUCUGCUGGCCGAGAGGAACACUGUUGUCAUCCCCAUCAUCAUCAUACUGGUGAGUAUGUCGGAUUGGCCACGUCUAGCGACUACGGCAACGACCACAACAACUAUGACGAUAGCAACAACUAUGGCAAAGACAAUGGACACAACCGUCGCACACACCUCCUUGACCACGCGUCCGAUCGAGACAUACAAGACCUGGAGCUGGGAAGUGAACCUCUCAACGACUUGGAGCAGCCGAGGCAAGAAGCAAGUCCAUGCGAGAGCCGUGAUUCCGGAGUGGACAUGAAGAUCGAGGACUUCUCUGUGGACCGUUUGCCAAACACCCAACCAGUCGAGCCUGGCAUCGACGAAGAACAUAUUACCCCUUCAUACGAGUUCCUGGAGGAGCCAUUCGACUACUAUGAUGAUGACGGCUUUUUCAUUUUUCAAGAUCCGAUGUUUAAUGACACUGGUUGGGAUAGUGAGAGCUUACAAAACGCAGAGGACAUCGAUUUCGAAUUCGUCUACGCCCUCCACACCUUCGUCGCGACUGUCGAAGGCCAAGCCAACGCUACCAAGGGUGACACCAUGGUACUCCUCGAUGAUACCAACAGCUACUGGUGGCUUGUCCGGGUUGUGAAGGAUAGUAGUAUUGGUAUGGAUUACGUUGUAUCAGUCUACUUGGAGGCGCAUGAGCUGAUGCACUUGACUGCAGGAUAUCUUCCAGCCGAACAUAUCGAGACACCGACGGAAAGACUGCUGUCAGCAAGAAUGCUCGGUGAUCAGGCUGAGAAGACCAAGAACCCUAUCAAAACAGCAAUACGGAGACGCCAAAAAAAGACAGUCGCCUUCGCACCUCCUACAUAUGUGGACUAUUCUGACUUCGACUACUCCACCGAUGAGGAAGGGCAAGAUGGUGACGCCCAGUCACAGGAGCAAGGUGGACAGCAGCAGGACAAGCAACAGCAGACUGAUGCCCACAAUAAUGCGACUGAGGCUCUUGAAGACGAUGAGACUGCCAUGGUCGAACCGCUAAAGCCUCGCAGCCAGAAACAGGUGAAGCUUGAUGUUGUCAAGCCUGAGGAAACCGAGCAAGUCGAAUCAGCAGCGGAAGCGUCCAGGAGUAGUGAUGAGAUCUUUGACACGAAGUCUGAACGGACCACUAGAAAUGGCACUGUGCGGAAUACAGACUCGUUCUUCAAGGAUGAUACCAUAGAGACCAAAAAGAUCACCCUGACACCUGGGCUCCUGCGGGAUGAUAAUGAAUCGCGCAUCUCGAGCGACUCCAAGGAGGUGCGGCAACGGCCAAGUUUCGACAAGCUAGAGAAGGAACUCGUGGCUGACAAGAGCAAAGACGACAAGAAGAGAAAGGAGAAAGACAAAAAGGAGAAAGACAAGAAGCCGAGCGCUAUCCGGAGUUUCUUCUCGCGCAAGGAUAAGAAGAAGUCUAUUGAUGAUGACGACGAAUCCUUCGGCAAGAGGUCCAUGGAUACUGGUAGUGGAACCAGUGAAAAAGACCUAGUAGAAGAACCCGAAGUCAUCGACACGGAGUCCUCGCCUGAUAAGAGCGGAACUCCACAACGAAACCCCAGCAAGCUACAGAAGCAACAACCUAGAAGCGACCCGUCCUCUCCCACGCGCAAACCUGCUGUCACAACACCACAAACAAGUGCAGAUAGGGCUCCUCUAUUGGCUUCGGAGGUCAGGACGACCAACAAUGUUGCAAACACGCCCCCUGCGACACUGAGGAUGGUGGAAUCCGAUCAGCUCGAUAGCCCAGAAAGACCGCCUCAGAAGGAGGACAAGCCCAAGUCGGCCAUGUCCAGAAUUCUGCCGUCGUCGAGCUCAGAGCCCAAGCCGCCCAAGGCCACCAAAUCCAAGUCGCGAGUCGAGCUAGACGAUUUCGACUCUCCCGAGGAAGAGGUGGAGGAGGACGUACCGGAGCCUACUCGAGCUCCACCUGAGCCCAGAAGACAGCCAUCCGAAGACAAGCCUCUGCGGCCUAGUCUUCCAGGCGCGUUUCCGGACAGCUACCUGGGCACUCAAAUGUCCAUACCUCAACAGGCCGAGCCCGCUGCCGCCAAGCGUCCGGCCCAAGAACGCUUGGCGGAAUCCCCUGUCCAGGUGUCGCCUGUCACAUCCUCAAAUCCGCCUGCUCUCAUGGUAGAUAGCUCCAGCCAAGAGGAGCGCUCGUCGCCUGUAUCAUCACCAUCGCCAGAGCUUGCGGACGCUGAAGGCAGGACACAUCAAACCCAGGAUUCGACGACCACAGCAUCUACGUCGGCUCCGAACACCACGACCUGGAAUGAUGCCAACCUCCGAGCCUUCUUCGACUCAAGCACCGAGGUGCGGGAUUUACUUACGAUCGUAUAUGAUACGAGCGAUGUUGCCCCUCCCGGGUCUGAGCAUCCUGUUGGCCAUACAAUGUACCUGGAGGAGAAGGCGAAGCUGGCCGAGAUAACCACUAAACUAGACGACAUGCUUGCAGACUUCCUCGCCCGCAAACAGCGGCGUCGAAACAGAGUUUAA